GAACGGUUACAGUAUUUAUUUGCUAAGGUGUUUUUUUAGUCAGUCUAGAGUUGUAAACAUGUUGGUCCUUCGUUGUUUUUUUUUCUUUGUGCUGUGUGUUUUAGAAAUAGGAAGCGCCCAGGGACAUGUCGACUUGAAGAGUCCAAAAUGUAGUCGCAAUGGUGAUUAUAUCAUAAGCACACCGGGAACCUCGGACAUAGGAAAUACUAAUGGAAGAUGUUCCUGUUAUUUGUUUUACUACGGCGACAAUUGUGAAUGUAAUGACAGAUCAUGCAACUACUUUGACAAUGCUUUAUGUGGAGGUCCUGCUCAUGGUACGUGUGUCUGUGGUACCUGUUCGUGUACCCUUGAUUAUACCGGUGAUAACUGUGGUUGUACGACUAAUACAGAUACAUGUAUCUCUUCUGAUGGGUCCGUAUGUAAUAACCAUGGAUACUGUGAAUGUGGUAGGUGUCGUUGCCAUCAAGAUGGUUAUCUAGGGCCUCUCUGUGAAGAUUGCAUGUUUUGUUGACCACCAGGAUGCGGCAACCAGUACCAACUGCUAGUUUUCGGUGUAUUUACACCAACUUUCCAUAUUAAUAUACAAAUAUGAAUAAUAAAAUGUGCGUUGGUCUCUUGAAGUGGCGUCUCCCAUGUUAG